AUGAUCUUGCCUCAUCGGCGCGAUCUAGCCAAGUGGCGAUGGCAACAUCCCACCUUUCCAUUUGGUUCCAUCGGCAUCAGCAGGGGGUCUUUUUUCUCAAAAAGUCGACGUCGUAGUUCCCGACCCUCCCCAGCUAGGAUACGAUCCCAAAUGAUCGAAGUGCCUUCUGACUCUCGUCGUACUGCCCAACGCCACUAUGACCCCUCUGAUUCGGAAUCAUCAGUCUAUCAACCUCCUAGUAGUAGUAAACGCAAGCGUGACGAUCCUCCAACGGAAGAUGAACACUCAGAUCACUCACAAUCUCUACAGCCUCGCCACAAGGCCAAGAACCCAACAAAAUCAUCGUCCCAGACUCGUUCAAAGCGUUGUCGACAAGUUCAAUCUGAUCUCUCUCAACAAGCGCAAGGAAGUGACAACAUUGCAAGUAGUCAGGCUGUUCCUCUCCAGGUCGACUUGAUCCAAGAUUCUGACGGUGAGAAUGCGAAGGUUGCAAAGAAACCUAAGAAAGAGCAUACCUUUGAUAACAUCCGUGAUUAUUUUAAUGAGAUGACCACGGUUAUCAACUUUAAUUCAUCUUUCUAA